AAAAUUGAUAAGUAUGAUUUUCAGAGUUAAAAAAGAAAUUUGACAAAGAAGGGAGUAGCACUUAGCGGCGUUUGGACUCUCUUCGGUUGAAUUUUCCAGACAAAAAAUUGCCUACCAAUUUGUGCGCACCUCCAUUAAUCUACUUGCCUUUUCCCUCUCUCCCUGGCCUCGUUUGCUGUCGGCGUCCAUUGGUGUUCCUUUCAAGUAUGAGGGAAAUAGUAACUAUUCAAGUGGGAAAUUAUGCCAACUUUAUUGGCUCUCAUUUCUGGAACUUCCAGGAUGAACUACUUGGAUUGGCUGAAAUCCCUGAAAGUGAUCAAGUGUUCAAAAAUCAUAGUCUUGAUAUGGAUGUGUUGUAUCGUACUGGGGAAACUCAGCAAGGCCUCCUUACAUACACACCUCGAAUGGUCUCAGUAAACUUUCAAGGGUCCCUUGGAUCUGUGAGUUCACGUGGAUCGUUGUACUAUCAAAUCCCAGCCAAACACUUGGAUGUUAUGGCAUGGAAGGGCAGAGUCACAACUCAUGCAUCUGAACCUUUGAAAAGGAAUCUUUUCUUGCAAAGCUUAAACGAGGAAGAACAGGAGAGCGUGAACAAAGCUAAUGAUUUAGACAACUUGAACAACAAUUCUCAGGCAGAAAUUCAAGAUAAGGACAUCGUUGAAUGUUUGGAAAGUGAUGUUCAAUACUGGACAGAUUUUUCAAAAGUGCACUAUCAUCCACAGAGUUUGUAUGAAUUAAGUGGAUUAUGGACAGAUAUUCAGGAUUUCGAUAAUUAUGGACUCGGGAAGGAGGCAUUUUGUGGGCAUCAACAUGGUGAAGAAAUAGAUGACAGACUUCGUUUCUUCAUUGAAGAAUGCGAUCAUAUUCAGGGGAUCCAAUGCGUUGUAGAUGACUCUGGAGGCUUUUCUGGUGUAUCUGCAAUGUUCCUGGAGAGCAUUGCAGAUGAGUACCCAAACGUCCCAGUUUUACUAUAUAAUGCACGUAAUCCUAGCUUGCACAUGGAUUCCAAAGGCCGCAAGCAAGUUAUCUCCCGUAAUCUUCACGAUGCGGUCUCAUUUUCAAGGCUGUCAGAGCUAUGUAAAUUGAUUAUCCCUGUUGGUUUGCCCUCCCUGAGUGGAAGUAGAGCUUCCCAGUAUCUCUGCAUCAAAGACGAAAAGCCUUACCACUCCAGUGCAGUGUAUGCGUCUGCAAUGCAUUCAUUUAGUCUCCCUUUUAGGAUGAAACAAUUAGGGCCAUCUGCAGAAUCAAUCUGUACGUCUGGUGCUCUUGAUAUGUAUGGGAUGGUAAAAAUGCUAGCAGGCCAAAUGAGGCAGAACAUGGUAGCUAUAUUGGAUGUUGCCAUGCCGACACCUUCUUUAAGUGUAGACCGGGCUCAGCAGUCCUUUCUCGGGAACUUGCAGCCCUUGAUUCCGGACAUAGCAGAAGAUGUUGAAGAUUUCCAUGCAGUGGAAGCUAUGAACAUUCACGGAGCAGUUACAUCUGGAAAUCGAAGGGCCUCAAUUAGUGAAGUUAAGGAUGCAGUUGAGGCUGCUUAUGAUAAUUCAGUCACACAAAGGCCCAAAUUCUCACACCUAUCCGCUUCUACUUGUCCUCUUCCUAUACCCUUGCCUUUCCCUUUGAUCUUUGGCAAUAUGGUUGGCCAACACGGCGAGCUGUUGGAAACCCCGAUUUCAGGUUCUCCAUCCAGGGGAUCCCUUGAAGUCCAUUCCAUUCCUAUGGCGACAAGAUUACGUUCAAGCACUGCUGUUUUGCCCUUUUUGGAAAGUAAACUUGGAAAUCUUCGUAGGUUUGGUAUUGAGCGAGGAGCCCUUGGGGCCCCAUUGCUCCAAAGUUGGGGUUUUGGGAAAGAUGAAGUGGAAGAUAUGGGAGAGGUACUGUCUAAGAUGGUAACGACACUGAAACCCCAUCUUGAAUAUUCCUCUGAUUCGGAUUGAGUUUUCAAGGAGCAUAUUUUGUUUUUGAGUGCUGAUUGGAUAGUACUUCUGGUUAUAAGCAAUUCACUCUUUUUGAAUCACUCAUCUUGAUCCUUCUUUUUUCUAUUUUUUUUUUCUUUUUUGGGUGUUAACUUGCUUUAGCGGAUGCAUUAGAGGUGAAAAGGAUCCUCUUACUUUGUUAGUACUAUUUUCUCUCUCUGUUAAUUAAUGUUAUUAUUUUGGUAAUUCCAUCGA